UUGCAAUGCUGGCUCCCUCCGCUAGUUAUUAUUAUUAAAUCCAAAUGUUCGUGAUGCAGUUUGGCGCAUUCUUGAGAGUAGUGGAUCCGGAGUACAGUAACCCUUUUUGCCCUUUUAUGAGGUUUAAUGCAUCCGUGAUGCGAACACGCCCGUCAUGGUCACGAGAAUCUUAUCUAGGGUUUAGUUUGUUUCGCUCCAAGUCUAUGGAGGAGAAUCUUAUCUUGUUUCUCAACCAUAAAAUGGAUAAAGAAUCAUUUACGAAUGGAUGAUCCAUAAAGUUCAUCUCUAUACCGACUUCAACAUGCAUCCCUCUCCCAUUCCUGUUAUCUCAUCAUCUUUACAAAAACAAAAUAAACAAUGGCGGCUGCUAUUUCCCUUUACGGAGCGCCAGUUAACUUUAGGCGAUUAGCACGAUCACCCAAUAACGUCCGAAGCGCUGCACGGGUUCGGAUGGCAUCGGUGAGGUGUGGGAUAGAGGAUUUCAUCGGAGGGGACUUAGUGAGAUUUGAUCUAGGUCGUUGGUUGUCAGACGUGGAAGAGCACAAGGCGCUAGCCAUUUACACACCGCACGAGGGGGGUUACGAGGGACGUUACCUGACGCGGCUAAGGUAUCAAGGUUACUAUUUCCUCGACCUCUCCGCUCGAGGCCUCGGCGAUCCUGAAACUACGCUUACGAAGAUUCAUCCAGUUUGCCCUGCGCACGUAGGAAAACAGCCCAUUGCCAGGUGGUAUUUCCCACCAGAAGUUGAUUACAGGCUUUCUCUAUUGCCUCCUGACGCCAGAGGUCUUGUGCUGUGGAUAAUUGAGGCUAAGGUCUUGUCCAAAUCAGAAUUACAGUUCCUUGCUCUGCUUCCCAGUCUCCGACCCAAGGUGAAGGUCAUCGCGGAAUGUGGAAACUGGAGGAGAUUCAUGUGGAAACCACUAAAAGAAAUUGCAGGAUUGCCGUCAAAUGAUGGAGCAGCAGCUUGAUCUCAGACCUAGACAUUACUUUCAAAUGCAUAAUAGAGGGCCGGCGGCCUCCAAUCAAUCUCAUGUUUUAUCUUCCUUUCACCUAAAAAGUUUUGUCAAAGCCUUGCACUUUGCCUUUUUUUUCACAGUUAAAAUGUGUUAUUACCAAAAAAAAAAAAAGAAGGCCAGCCCUCCCAACUUUUACAUAUUUUUAACCAGCAAAUAAAUGCAUUUGCAUAGAAAUUUGCUUA